GACCAAUCAUUUGGCAGCGCGUGAGAGUGAACACCGGUCGGGGGACCGGUGCUGGGCUCUGUGGCAAGGGACUGUACCCUCUCGGCUAUGGACUCGGAAACCCCUCAGGACCUAGUCGUCACCUGCACCGCGCCGGUCAACAUCGCGGUUAUCAAGUACUGGGGGAAGCGAGAUGAAGCACUGAUCCUGCCCAUCAACUCCUCUCUGAGUGUCACGCUGCACCAGGACCAGCUGAAAACCACCACAACUGCUGCCAUCAGCAGGCACUUCACAGAGGACCGCAUCUGGCUGAACGGUCGAGAGGAGGAUGUGACGCAGCCCCGGCUCCAAGCCUGCCUGAGGGAGAUUCGCCGCCUGGCUCGGAAGCGGAGGAGCACAGGGGACGGGGAUGCGCUGCCCCUCAGCCUCAGCUAUAAGGUGCACGUGGCCUCGGUGAACAAUUUCCCCACUGCUGCAGGCCUGGCUUCCUCAGCAGCAGGCUAUGCCUGCCUAGCCUAUACCUUGGCGCGGGUCUACGGGGUUGAGGGAGACCUCUCUGAAGUGGCUCGGCGGGGCUCCGGCAGCGCAUGCCGCAGUCUCUAUGGAGGCUUCGUGGAGUGGCAGAUGGGAGAACAGGCGGACGGGAAGGAUAGCGUCGCCCGGCAGAUAGCCCCAGAGUGGCACUGGCCCCAACUCCGAGUCCUCAUUCUUGUGGUAAGUGCCGAGAAGAAGCAUAUGGGCAGCACGGUGGGCAUGCAGACCAGCGUGGAGACCAGUACUCUGCUCAAGUUCCGGGCUGAGUCCAUUGUGCCUGAGCGCAUGAAGGAGAUGACCCGCUCCAUCCGAGAGCGGGACUUCCAGGCCUUUGCCCAGCUGACCAUGAAGGACAGCAAUCAGUUCCACGCCACCUGCCUCGAUACCUUCCCGCCCAUCUCCUACCUCAAUGACACUUCCAGGCGUAUCAUCCAGCUAGUGCACUCCUUCAACACACACCACGGGCAGACGAAGGUGGCGUACACAUUUGACGCCGGCCCCAACGCUGUGAUCUUCACCCUGGAUGACACUGUGGCUGAGUUUGUGGCAGCUGUAAGACACAUCUUUCCCCCUGCAGCAAACGGAGACAAGUUUCUGAAGGGGCUGCAGGUGGCGCCUGUUCUUCUCUCUGAUGAGCUGAAAGCUGCGCUGGCUAUGGAGCCCAGGCCUGGCAGUGUCCAGUACGUCAUCGCCACUCAGGUCGGACCAGGACCUCAAGUCCUAGAGGAUUCGCAUGUUCAUCUGCUGGGCCCAGAUGGCCUGCCACAGCGGGGCCCUUGACCUCUUCCAUGUCCAGUCCCUCGUGCCGUUUGGAAAAAGGGUUGCUCACUGGGAGUAGGGAGCU